CUUCUAUUGUUUAAUUGGUGGCUAUUAUGGAACCAUUUGUUUAAGAUCUUUUAAAGCGGAGCCCCUUGAGACGUGUGCAUUACAACUCCAGUAGACUGACGGAAACAAACGUUAUAAUCUUUGGAAAUUAUUCAUUGUUUUACCCAUAAACAGAGUUAAUCCACCAUGGUUUGCUGCACAGAGACGAUCUCGAAAAUCAUCGUCAUAGGACUGAACAUAGUGUUCAUGGUGCUUGGUAUCGCCAUCAUGAUACCAGGAAUCAUCAUGAUGACAAAUAUUGACUUCCUUGGCGACAACAUCAAACCCCUGUUAGAAAAUAUCUCCUUCAACGGAAUCAAUCUGGCUAGCAUCUCCAACAACCUACCAAUUAUAUUCAUUAUUGUGGGUGGCGUAAUAUUAAUCAUAGCAGCAUUGGGGGUGCUGGGAGCCUGCUGCAAAUUGAAGACUCUGCUUGUAAUAUACGCUAUCAUUGUGAUCAUAUUGGUUUUGGUCCAAAUCGUCGUACUAGCGUUCUUCUUCGUUCUGAGGUCAAUGUUGGAUGACACAAUAAAGAAGGAAUUCGUGAGUCAGCUGACGAGCGGUUAUAAAGUAGAUGACCUUGACAAAGGCGAUGAAGUCUCCUCAGCAUUUAACUACAUGUUCAUGUCGAUGGAGUGCUGUGGCAUGAAUGCCGUGACGUCAUCAACGAAUGAUUUUGACACCACCGCCUGGCGGAGCGGAACUGGGUCAGGCAAGAAGAUACCGAAAGGAUGUUGUAAAGGGGUAACGGAAGCUACUUAUGCUUCGUAUAUCAACGCUGCAUGCACCGAUACGGCUAAUAGCGGUACCUAUUGGCCUGAGGGCUGUUACACAAAGAUCAUGUCUAGUUUUGGUACAAUCUUAGACACGAUGGGUUACAUGAGUUUCGUCGCAGUAUUGAUUCAGAUUCUCUUGGUGAUAUUCUCCUUCUGUCUCUGCUGUAGCUAUAUGUCACCGAUAUAGUGUGAGUUACAUAAUGGACACAGGACACGUGAUGUCAUGUGACCAUGUGGCUGUAUGACGAUGUGAUCCAGUGAUGGACAUCUGAUACGACGUGCCUUUUUGGAAGUUUGACAGUAUAGUUCUUAUUCCAUAUUAAGAUGCAAAACAGUACAUGUUUUUUUUAUAAAAAAAAUGAAAUACAUAUGUGCGAAUACAGAAAAUACAUAUUCCGCAUUGGAAGUCCACGCCAUCUCUACUUUUCUCUACGUUUUCUGAAGCAAAUUAUAAACAUAGUAUAGCAUUGAUGUUGUUUAUGUAGGUAAGAAUGUUUCAUUUCUGACUGCUUUCGUUUGUUAUUAUCUUAUAAUGGAGGCAUGGUGGUCUAGUGGUAGGACACAGGAUCGCUAGUUCGAGUCCCGGGACGGGCGUUGUGUUGUAUCCUUGAACAAAGUUCUCCAUUGUGUUCCAGUCGACUCAGUUGCAUGUGUACGUGGUGGGACAGUGCAGGACAUGUAUUUUGUAAGCACCGAAAUAGCAGCUCCGGUUGUAUGCUCUCCAGGGAGUUGAGUAAGCCAUUGGCACCAGAGGGGGCCAAAACCCACGGAUAGUAAUUUGUGAACCGCUUUGAGGCGACUAUGUUGUUCUAUGAAAUAGCGGUAUAUAAGAGUAUCAUUCAGUUUGUCCUUCAGUGAAAUAAAGCAUUUAUACGUAGUAGCUGACGAUAAAAAGCAAGUCGUUAGUAUAUUAUCGUAUAGGAUAUAUAUACAGUGAAUUUUCAACUAACGUCUAUCGUACAAGCCGAUAAGAGACAGAUUAUUUGUAUUUUGUCGAAAUCCGCUUUUAUUGACAACUUCUCUGUAAUGAUUCUGUAAAAAUUCUCUGAAAUAUCUUCUAACGAAUGAUCCAAACAAUUGGAAGUUUGGUGCCAAGCAGAUGUGUCCAAUCAAUAAUACUACUGUACAUAUUGUACCGGUUCUCACUGUUAUCUAAAAUGUUAGAAAAUAAAAACUGUGAAAAAAUGCAAAAUAUAAGAUUUUAUGACGCGUAAUUGUACGAUAGGUGUUUCUGUUGUAUAUCAUACAUAUCAUGCUUAGUUAUGUACUGUACAUUAAUUUUAUUAGUUUUGGGAUACAUGUUAACAAUCUUGUUUCUGUUGUAUAUUUUAAUGCUUUUUGUGUGACAAAAUGUAAAUCUAACGUUCUUGUUUGUUCGUGAUAUAUUUAAACUUUCUUCUACUUGUGAUAUAUUACAAAGUUCUUUUCUUGGCAUAUAUUCCUAGUUUCUUGUUUUCCUGAUACAUUGUAUCUUUCUUGUUUUUGUGAUAUAUUGUAAUGUUCUUGCUUUAAUAAAAUUGUAACGUUCUCUGUU